GUGCGCCAGGACAUGGACAAGCUGGCGCGGGUGAUGUUCCUGUUGCUGUGCCACAUCACGUCCAUAGCGAAGCAGCUCGUCUUCCACCUGAAGGCGGAUAGGAUAGAUGAAAUGCUCGGGGGAUUGGACGAGCCGCUGUACAACCAGAGCGCGGCGGUGCACCAGCGCCUACUGCGCGUGACGGCGGCGCGCGCGGCGCGGUUCGUGCGCGCGUACGCGGGCUGCGCCGUGGUCACGUGCACGCUGUGGAUCACGUUCCCCGUCAUGUACCACCUGCAGGGCCAGCUCGUCGAGUUCCCGUUUUGGAUUAACGUUGACUACAAUCAGUCAAAAAUGUUCAUCUUGGUGCUGGCGUACUCGUAUUAUGUGACGACGCUAGUUGGCAUCGCGAACACGACGAUGGACGCGUUCAUGGCCACCGUACUCAACCAGUGCAAAACCCAGCUGAGAAUAUUGCGAAUGAACUUUGAAUACUUACCUCUGCAAGCGGCGGAGGUGCUGAAAACGAGUCCUGGCCAGAGUUACGAUGCAGUUCUCAUGAGACUGUUCAAAGAGUGUCUGCUGCACUAUGAAAAAAUUACCAAAACUGCAAAGAUGCUGCAAGACAUUUUCGGCACAGCCAUUCUGAUUCAAUUCGGCAUCGGUGGUUGGAUCCUGUGCAUGGCUGCGUACAAGAUCGUCACGCUGAACGUGCUGAGCGUGGAGUUCGCGUCGAUGACUCUGUUUAUCAGCUGCAUCCUGACGGAGCUGUUUCUCUACUGCUACUAUGGCAACGAAGUCACUGACGAGAGCUCGCGCGUGUCGGAGUCGCUGUACAGCAUGGAGUGGGCGCGCGCGGGCACGGCGUUCCGCCGCUCGCUGGUGCUGGUCAUGGAGCGCGCCAAGCGCCCGCUGCGCCCCGCCGCCGGCCGCGUCAUCCCGCUCUCUCUCGACACGUUUGUCAAGAUAAUAAAGUCGUCAUACACUUUCUACGCAGUACUGCGCCAGACGAAGUAGUCGAUCGGAAUAACACGAUGCGCGACGACAUCGCUAGAUUAUACAACUAUUAGAUGAGCUUUGCCUACAAUAGUCUAUCACCGAUACUCCUUUUAAGAGCAUUACUUUUUUUUGAGCACGAAAAAUCAUCCUGUGGCUUAUCCCGCCUUAGAUGAGGCAAGAGAGAUUGGAUGGCUCUUACUGCUAAUCUAAUCUAAUCUGCUUCGAGCCGGAUCCCUGGUAAUUCGCGAGGCCGUCCGCAGUUCCAGAUUGAGCAUCAGUCCUACUGGGCCCCCUCUAUGGUGGUCUGGUCCCUCUAUAAAGCGCGCACCGAACGCGACGCGCUAUACGCACACAGCUUAAAAGCAUAGCCACACAGUACAGCUGCGUUCAUUGUUUAGCGUUGAGGCACCAGUCUUCAGUCGUUUUUUGUAUUGAAUAGAAACAUCUAUAACUUAUUGUUUAUUAAAAUUAGUAGUGAACUGUGUAUUUCGUAAGGCACAAAGUUUUACUUUUCACUUUUAUUGAACAUAUACGAACUAUGUUUACCUAUAGAUAAGUAUUCAAUUGUUGCUGUGUGCAAAGUUUAAACGUUUGGACGUAAUAAAUAAAAAAUAUACUCGGA